AUGAGGUAUUCCGGUCUCGGUAUUACACCAUCGUCGCUUUCUUUGGAGUUCCUUCUUUCGAGGAAAGGAAAUAGAAUUGCAGGUAUCCCAACGGAACGGGAGGUGGCAAGAGGCCAGAUAGGCUGGUUUCGGGAGGCGAGAAGCGGACUUCUCUUGAUUGAUCUCUUUUCCCUCCCUCUGAUCCGCUCUCCUUUGCCAAUCUCAGUCAAGAAAAACUAUAGUUUCGAACCUCAUAUGGCUAAUCACCCGGCUGCUAAAGCAUUCUUCCAAAGAGUUCAUAUCUCCUCUACUACUGAAUAUAACAAGGGCUUUCCUCAACCCAGCUAA